CAGUGGGGACGUGGAAAUCUGUCUUGAGUCGGUAGCCGGGACCCGGUAGCCUCUUCUUCUGUUUUUACAGCGUAUAUCUGCGAGCAGAAGCCAAAGGGGAACUUCUACUGGAGGAAGCUGUUUGUGUUUGUCAUUUUUUUCAUGUGUGCGUUCAUGUAAAACGUUAAAAAUAAGGAUGAAACUCAAAGAGAUCAACCGCACAGCCAUCCAGAGCUGGAGUCCUGAACAGCAUCACCCCAUUUACCUUGCAACAGGAACAUCAGCCCAGCAGCUGGAUGCCUCCUUCAGCACUAAUGCCUCCCUGGAGUUCUUCGAGCUCGACUUGACUGAUCUGAGUCUGGGCAUGAAGUCAUGCGGCAGCUUCGCCUCCUCUCACAGAUACCACAAACUGGUCUGGGGUCCAUAUGGGAUGGGCUCUGGAGCUCACCCGUCAGGCGUCCUCAUUGCAGGAGGAGAGAACGGUAACGUGAUUCUGUACGAUCCAGCGAAGAUUAUGGCGGGACAGAGCGAUGUGAUCAUCGCUGAGAGCGAUCGGCACACCGGGCCAGUGAGAGGGCUUGAUGUCAACCCCUUCCAGACAAACCUAGUGGCUUCAGGUGGAAAUGAGUCUGAAAUCUACAUCUGGGACAUGAAUAACUUUGGGUCUCCAAUGACACCUGGACCAAAAUCUCAGCCUGUGGAGGACAUCAGCUGCCUGGCGUGGAAUAGACAAGUCCAGCACAUCCUCGCCUCUGCCAGCCCGGGCGGCCGAGCCUCGGUGUGGGACCUCCGCAAGAACGACCUCAUCAUCAAAGUCAGCGACCACAGCAACAGAAUGCAUUGCUCUGGACUCGCCUGGAACCCGGAUGUUGCCACUCAGCUGGUCCUAGCCUCAGAGGACGAUCGGAUGCCGGUCAUCCAGAUGUGGGAUUUACGUUUUGCUACCUCUCCUCUUAAGAUUUUAGAGAAUCACACACGGGGUGUUCUCGCCAUCGCCUGGAGUUUAGCUGAUCCUGAGCUGCUCCUGAGCUGCGGGAAAGACAGCAGGAUCCUCUGCUGGAAUCCAAACACAGGAGAGAUUCUGUACGAGCUGCCCACCAGCAGUCAGUGGUGCUUCGACAUCCAGUGGUGCCCCAGGAACCCGGCGGUGCUGUCGGCCGCGGGAUUUGAUGGACACAUCGACAUCUACUCCAUCAUGGGAGGCAGCAGCCAGGCGCAGAGCCAGAGACACGCUGACCAGAUCAGUACCUCCUUUGGGAACAUGGAUCCUUUUGGGACUGGACAAUCUUUACCCCCCCUUCAGCUGCCCCAAACUGCUGCCCCUUCAGCAACAGUCACCCCGCUGAAAAAGCCUCCAAAAUGGAUCCGCAGACCUGUCGGAGCCUCGUUUGCCUUUGGCGGUAAGCUGGUCUCCUUGGAGAACUCUAAGCCGAACCCCCAGCAGCCUCAGCAGCCCACUGCACGCGUCGUACACGUCAGCCAGGUCGUUACGGAAACCGACUUUCUGCAGCGCUCCGAUCAGCUGCAGACUACGCUGAGUGAAGGCAGCUUUGUGGAGUUCUGUCAGGGAAAGAUAGACAUAGCGGUGAAUGAGUUUGAGAAGACCGUUUGGUCUUUCCUCAAGGCUAAUUUUGAGAGCGAUAUUCGCAGCAAGUACCUGGAACUCCUGGGGUACAACAAAGAGGAGCUCGCCUUAAAGAUUUCAGCAGCACUAGAGGAGAAGCCAGCUGAACCUCCACAGAUUUUUGCAGCACCAGAGGAGAUACCUGCUGAACCUCCACAGAUUUUGGCAGAACCAGUGGAAAUUCCUGCUGAGCCUCCACAGGUUUUAGCAGCACCUGAGGAAAUACCUGCUGAGCCUCCACAGGUUUUAGCAGAACCAGAGGAAAUAUCCGCUGAGCCUCCACAGAUCGUAGCAGCACCAGAGGAAAUACCUGCCGAGCUUCCACAGGUGGACGUUCCCCCUCUUGUCAGCCUGCAGCCUUUACCAGAUCUCAGCUUCGUGCCUCCUGUCGACUGUCCUGAAGCAGCGUUCGACAUGAUUGCUUCAGCAAACCUCCAGCCUGCAGCCACGCUCCUACUAGACUUCACUCCUGAGCCCGAACUGGAAGAGCCUGUCCUGACUGAAGAACCUGUCCUGACUGAAGAGCCUCUCCUGACAGAAGAAAUUGCCAUGGCUGAGGAGCCCGAGGUGACUGAAGAACCUGAAGAGCCAGCAGCAGCAGAUUUGGAAGAUGUUCCCAUCAUCGAAGCAGAGGAAAUAGUGGACGAGAUUCUCCUAGAGGAGGAAGCAAUGGAAGAGGAGAUCCCUCUAGAGGAGGAGGAGGAAGCACCAGUGGAGGAGGAGCCCAUCCCUGCAGAGACCUUAGCUCCAGUCGAGGAACCCGCCAAAGCUCCAGCUCCCUCUCUAGAACCAGCUCCAGUUCUGAUUGAGGAACCUGUAGAGAUCCCAGCUCCAGUUUUAGCUCCGUCUCCUGUUCCUGCUCCAGCUCCCGCUCCUACUCCUGCCCACGAAGGAGGAGUCAAUCUCAGCGUCAGUCAAGAUGUGGACGGUCUGAUCACACAAGCCCUGCUGACCGGAGACUUCGAGGGAGCUGUGGAGCUCUGUCUCCAUGACAACCGGAUGGCAGACAGCAUCAUCCUGGCCAUCGCUGGAGGACCCGAGUUGUUGGAGAAAACCCAGAAGAAAUAUUUUAGCAACACUCACAGCAAGAUCACAAAGCUGAUCAGCGCGGUGGUGAUGAAGGACUGGCAUGACGUCCUGACGACUUGUGAACUGCAGAACUGGAAGGAGGCUCUGGCUGCUGUCAUGACCUAUGCAAAACCAGAUGAGUUCUCUUCCCUCUGUGACCUUCUUGGAGGCAGACUAGAGGCAGCAGAGGACGCUCAUCUCCAAGCUCAGGCCUGUCUCUGUUACAUCUGUGCUGGAAACGUGGAGAAACUCGUCUCUUGCUGGACGAGAGCGCAGGAUGGACACUCUCCACUCUCUCUGCAGGAUCUGGUAGAGAAAGUGGUGGUGCUGCGGCGUGCAGUCGAGCUGACGCAGCAAUCCGGCGCCGCUGCUAUCGGCAUCCUGAUGGCUGAGAAGAUGAGCCAGUACGCCAACCUGCUCGCCUCCCAGGGCAGUCUGUCCACUGCUAUCACCUACCUGCCUGACAACACAAACCAGGUUGCCAUUCAGCAGCUUCGUGACCGUCUCAGUCGAGCCCUGGGACAAACAGCGGCUCCAGUGGCUCCGACAGCUCCAGCUGCUCCAGCACAGAUGCAGAGAGUUCAGCCUCAGCAGCCCACCAUGCCUCAGGUCCAACACGGCCUGCCCCAGCACCCGUUCAUGCCGGCUCAGCCCGCCAUGGUGCCUCAGCCUGCAGCAGCUCCAGUACCCACACCUACAGCUGCAGCCUCCGCCCCCGCACAGCAGCAAUACUACCAGCCUGUGAGGGCUGCCUCCACUGUCACCUCCUGGAGUAACCAAACUCCCACAGCCCUCCCCAAUGUCCCUCCUCCUCCUCUUCAAGCAGAGCAGCAGGUGGAGCCUCCAAACCCGAUGUAUGGGAUGCCCCCCUCUGGCUCAGCUGCAGCACCUCCCCCCUCCUCCACUCCUGCGUACAUGUACUCCCAUCAGUACCAGCGCUACCCCCAGGUCAGCCAGUACCCCUCUGGAGCUGGGGGGGCUCCUAUCUAUCACCCUCUUCAGUACUCCUCCUCCUCCGCUGCUCCUCUUCCUCCUGCUGAGCCUCCUGGCUUCCUCUCUCAGUACACUCAGCAGCCCGUCCCCUCUCAGUCAGCUCCUCGGGUCUAUCCGGGUCAACCUUACAGCAGCCAGUGCCUCUCUUCCUCUCCUCCUUCACAUCCUCCUUUCUUUCCAAAUGCUGCAUCCUCCUCCUCUUCUUCCUCCUCUUUUCCUGCUCCUGUUUCAUGCGGAGCACCUUUCCAGCAUGGCGGGCCAGGAUCUCCUGUGUCGUACAUGCCUCCUCCUCCACCGUGCGGAGUCUCAGGUACACACCCGGACCCUGAGCUGGUCCCGGCCUCUCGGAGAACAGGACCUCAAAACGGCUGGAACGAUCCUCCAGCUCUGAGCAGAGCACCAAAGAAGAAGCAGGUUCCAGUUAACUUCACUCCUCCCGCUCCCAUCACCGCUCCCAUCAUGACUCCUCUGGGUGCAGACCCUCAGGCUCAGCCGGUCCCUCCUCCUGGUCCUCCUCAGGCGAUGCUCCAGGGUGGUCCUCAGGGUGCUCAGGUCCCCUACUCAGGCAUGCAGCAGCAACAGCAGCAGCAGCAGCAGCAAGCGCUCGCACCUCCACCCAUGAACCCUGCGAUGCCCAAAACCAGUAUGGAGGGAGCGCCAGGAGCACCCACUGGAGAUUUUAUACAGCCUCUGCAGUCGAUCCCUGCUGAGAAGAUCCUGAAGAAGCCGAUCCCCGAUGAGCAUCUGGUCCUGAAGACCACAUUUGAGGGUCUGAUCCAGAAGUGCUUGGCUGUAGCUACAGAUCCUCAAACAAAGAGGAAGCUCGAUGACGCCACUAAACGGCUGGAGGCGCUUUAUGACAAACUCAGAGAGCAGACGCUCUCUCCCGCCAUCGUAGGAGGACUUCACAACAUCGCCCGGACCAUUGAGUCCAGAUCUUACACUGAGGGCCUCAACAUCCACACACACAUAGUCAGCAGCAGCAACUUCAGCGAGACGUCAGCGUUCAUGCCCGUCCUCAAGGUGGUGCUGACACAAGCGAACAAACUUGGGGUCUGAUUGGCCAGGAUUAAAAAAAAAAAAACUCCUCAGAGCCUUCACCGUGUGGACCGGUCAGGGGUCGAGCUCAUUUCACAGGGAACUUGUUCAGACUCGUAAAUUAGAUCACGAGGAAGUCUGAGAUGUUGGAGAUCUUUGUUAGAUUUUUCUUUGUGCCAUUCAUGUUUUUGUCGGACAAACACAAGCCAUGCUGCUAGUCGCACUCAGUGGUGAAAGUAAAUCUGAGGCCACGACACGGUCAGGGUUACAGACAGUUUGAUUCAAACCGCCUCCAAGCUAAUGCUUAUAAAACAAUCCACACUGAUGGGUUUUUAUUCAGAAAUGAAGGCAGAUCGAUUCAGGAUAUUAUCAAAUAUGCAACAAUUUAAAGCAGCUUGAUAGAAAUGAAAUCUCAACCAAAAGCAAAAUAAACAUUAGAGGAAAUAGAUCUGAAAUAGGAAUAAAUACAAGUGUAAAAACUUUAUUUACCAACCAGUAUUUAUAAGGAAUUGAUAAAGUAAGGAAAAGAUUCAGGGAUCUUUAAGGGCAUUUCUGUCAGCCUGUAUCUAGACGAUCAAACUUGAGGCAAUUAUUUUAUAAUUAAGUAAAGUUCAGAGGAUUUGGCAUUAAUAGCUGCAUGCUUUUAACUCCAAACUUUAAUAUCAAACAAACAAUCAUUAAAGAAAUGUUAGCUUGCCAUCUUUAUAGUCUUUGAAUAAUCUUGCACUACAAUAAUCUUAGAUUAUAGCUUUUAAUCCAUUGAUAAAUACAUAACGUUCUCUCGUUAAAGUAAAGAAUCAUGCUUUCUUUUCAUGUAAAUGCACCACUGCCUGCAUGCACUUUGCAACGGACCUUGAAAAAGCUGCAGAUGAAAGAGAGAGAUAAUAAUAAUAAUAGAGGAGAUUUUCAGAUGUGAAAAAUCUAGCAACAGAUUGGUAAUUUGGUCAACUUUACUCCCUCUCAUUGGCCCUCAUUUAUCAAACAGCUAAAAAUUUAGGUGUACAGGCAUUUCCACGCACAGAUCGGCUUUAAUCAAUCUGAACAUGAGAUAUGCUCAAAUCCCAUGCCAGGUUAAAGCUCGUGUAUGCACGUUUUCAACUCAGUGUGGACUUGCUGUGCAGCGUGAAUCUGGCAUAGUCAGAUUAGAUAUGACUGUUAAAAUAGAUUCAAAAUUACACCAAAUCUCUGACAAUUCAUGUGAGCAACAUUGUUUUAAAUGAUGAGCAGUGGGAGCUUUCCACUGAUUUUCUCGUUGUUUGGUAUGUGUGCUGAAGGAAUAUUUCUUGAUCAGUUUUCUUCAGAAAUAAAAAAGACAGACUGCCCUCAGUAACUACUAAAGUUCCAUUGUACACUGUGAUAUCACUUGGAAAUAACAUGGUAUAUGAAAGCAGAAAAAACCUGCAGUAUGACAAAAAUCAAGUGGAAACAAAUUAAAUUUAGCUUCUAAAUAGGAAAUACUUUUAAACCACUGUGGCUUAGUUAAGGAUUUAUCAGGAAGGAGGGUUUUUUUCUUAAUAAUUUAACUGUGAAAUCCUGGAGUCCAUGUCUAAGAGCUGGCAAAAAAAAAAAAAGUUUCCAUUAGAUAAAAUCAGUCGGCAUGUCCGGAGACUUAGAUAAUCAAUCUAAUCCACUACUGAGCCUCGUGCAUGAAAGGCAUGUGGACACACGGCUGGAGGCUGUAAGAGACAAGAGCUCAUCCAGCGCUCUAAAACGUAAGAACAACAACUGGUAUUUUUGGCAAGAAGACAUUCAGAUCGGAAAUAGAAAUUAUAACAAUACUAGUAUGUUUUAACAGCUACCGUACAUUUCAGGCUUUCUUAAAUCUCUAUUUAAGUCUCAUAACCAGUCAGAGGAGAGCAGCUUCUUCACCGGUAAACCGGCAUAUCACUCUCUGGUACUUAUUAUUAGCCUUCAUUAAUAAUAAUAUCUGAAACUGAGGUAUCCCAUCCACUCUCCUCUCAGUCUGGGACAGUUUUCAGCUGGCCUCCUUCUGUUUUUUGUUGCCAUUUUAAGAGCUGACUAUGCCUUUCAAAACCUGAAUGUAAGACAUAUUUAUUAGAAUAUAAACUGAAUGUAAGGCAUUGUGAUAAUAUACACAAAUUAUACAUGACAGAUGUAUGAAAUAUUCCAAUAUCAGCAGGAGUUUGGUUGACCGCAACAACGCUGUUGACCACAGCGUUGUUUUCCUUCCACAUGCAGUGUUUCUGAAUGACUUUAUUUCCACUUUUCAGGCUGAAAAACAUCGAAUAUUUAAUUUUCUUUUAGUGCUUCAACGUGGAAAUAUGAACGUAAUGCUGAACGUAAGGGCAUGUUAUUUGCAAGAUAUGCACGUUUCACAUAAGGUUAUUUCUACACUCUAACCUGCGCUGGUUUCUACACAAGUUUGAUAAAUGAGGGCCAAUGUCUUUUAAAAUAGUGUUUACUCUUGGUAUGCAAUUUUGAUAGACAGCAAACAUUAUUGUUUACUGAAUCCUAUUUCUGCUAGUAUGGUGAAUUUGUAAUAGAUACUUGAAGGCAAUUUAAUGAGUAAAUGUCUUAAUAAAAUGAGGAACAAUCUUUCAAAAAUAAAUUAGAAUUGAAAUUAAACAAAUAAACAUCUGGAAAUAAUAACCUUGUAUCUCAAGUAAGUAUUUUGAAAUAAUGCAUCAAUAAUAUUUCAAAGAUUCUCAAAAAAAAAACCUGUUUUAAAUGAUCAGCCUUUGAAAAUGUGAAGUACCACUAAAUGUGUUUAUAAUUUAAAAUUCAAAGCAUGUCCCCAUAUUUAGAGCUAUCAAAACUUUAUUUAUACUUUAAAGAAACUAUGUUGUAUUUGAAAUUAAGCUUUGUUAGAUUUAAAUAAUUAGCUUAUAUCUGAGAACAGAGCUUUUACAGAAGCCAUGAGGGGACAUACAUCCUGCAUUUUGUUCUGGACUUUAAUUCUAGUAAUCUCAUGAUAACAGCCUUAGUUUCCUGUGAUAAACAGUACAUUUCAUGAUCUUAUUUUUCUAGAAAAACACUGAAAUUAACUUAAUACAGGAUGAAGUGAAUUAAAAUUUGUGGAUGCAUGUCUUCUUCCGGAUUUCGGGACGAUUUAAUUUACAUUUUGUGUUAUUGCAAAAUAAUUAGGUACUAUUUUUCAUUAGUAGAGGUAGUUGCACUCACUUUUAGAUUAGUUUAAGAUAAUAUUACAUUUUUGUUCAAAGUUUCUCAUUAAAAUGAUCUGCAGGUUUUUUAUAUCACAUUGGCAGGAAUAGGCUACCAUAUCAUUUAACCAUCCUGUCUGAUUUUCUGUCUUACUUUCACCACUGGUGUCGCUGCAAACAACACAACGGACCAAGAUAAUGUCAGUCUGCUUGGGAUUUGUAGUCCCACACAUCUAGGAUGUUCAGUGUUUUAUUUCAUGUUUGAUAUUUUUUAUUUUCUGUGUAAUCAUGCGGCUCAGCAGAGUGCAAUGGACUUUUUGAACGAGAGGCUGUGCUUUUAUGAAAUUUUAAAGUAUGCAUGCUUUUAAACAAACGCGACAGUCUUCUUUAACGGCAUUGGAGGUAAUUUUUAUGCUGAUUAGUCAGACCUCAACGGGAAACUGGAAGGAGACCUGUACUUUAAUUUCAUUCCAACUACGAUGAGGGCUGCAGUCUGAGUGGUCAACCUCAGUUUAUGUUGUUAAUAAAGGAAAACAAGUCUUUGUUUUAAGAUUGACUACAUGCAAUAUUUUCAAUAAAUAGUAUUUAUUUACAA